AUGGCAGAAAGAAAGCCCAAACGCCAACGCAUCAGCUUGGGAGGACCAGCUAUAGACGCGUCUUUCGAAGACUAUCUCACCGGAAAAACUGCAGAAGUACCUUCAGAAGACGAAGAAGAAUUCGAUCAAGAAAACCAAGAUCCCGAGGACUAUCUCGAAAACGAGGACGAAGAAUUCGACGAUGAAUACGACCAAGAAGAAGCACUACCAGCAAGACCACCUUCUACUUCCACAACCACAGCACCAAACCCCAGCGACAUCAUCCUAAGAAUCCACGCCCACCAAAACAACACCCCCACCACUUCUGCAAAACACAUUUUCUACCUCAUACAAAUCUGGGCAGUUUUCGGCGAAGUCCCUGUAGAGACAACACGAUUGCUUCGUGUUCCUGCUACUUUGCUUUUCCAACAAUUCUCAGAAGCCAUUUGUGCAGCACUAGACUGGAAUGAAAUCCACCUGUGGAAAUUUACUCUCGAGGAAAGGCCAAAGACUUGCAAUGCUCUAACCAACAAAUACAAAUACCCAAACCCGCGCAAGGAAAUUGCGAGUAUCAAAGAUUGUGGACUGGGGGGAAUGCAUAAUCUGGGUGCUGAUGUUGCCAGCUCCAAAGAUUUGGAUUCGAAANAAGUGCGGUUGAUGGAUGUUUGGAAUGCGACUCAGGCUGAAGAGGUCAGGAAGUUGAGGAUGUUUNUUACGUAUAAUUCGGUCAUGGAUCCCUCAUCAUGCUUGGUGACAUUCAUGGGGGUCGCGGCGGAGGGAUUGCAAGCUGCGGAUCUGGGGAUCAAAAUCAAGAAAAACCAACCUAUUUGGUGUGCUGGUGGGACUGGUGCUAGUGUGCCGGUGGGUGUGCCAGAAGAUGAGUUCGAUGAAUGGGAGGCGGAGGCUAAUAAGCAUGAGUGGGAGAUUGAUGAUGUGAAUAAGCACCUGGCUGAGAUUAAGGCUAGGUAA